AUGAACGUCACAAGGCCAUUGAGUCCUCAUUUUUUGUCCGCCUUCAAGAAACCGUUUCCCAUCCCUUCUCCCGGGCCACCUCUAUCGCCCAGCAAACUCGUUGAUGAAGAGAUCUCGCCAGUAUACAAUUCCAAGCACUUCUACCCAGCGAAGCCUGGAGAGGUACUCGCUGCCCGUUGCCAAACUCUGGUAAAGGUUGGAUGGGGCGUAUCUUCGACGGUAUGGCUCGCGCGUGAUUUGCAAGGGCAUAUCGACCAGUCAGAGAGCGUUGUGGCACUUAAAAUUGCCAAUAAUAACAAUGCGAGUUCUGCUGGCCAUGAGCGCGAGAUUGAAGAGCACAUUUCUACGGUAGACCCGUCACAUCGCGGUCGCUCACUUAUCCGAACAUUACUAGACUCUUUUGAAGUUAAAGGCUCGGAAUGUUCAUAUUCGUGUCUUGUGUAUCCGCCUAUGAGGGAGACUUUGUCAGUGUAUCAGCGACGCUUUGACGAUAAAAAGAUGCCACUGCCCCUCAUUAAAACAUACAUUCGGACUCUCCUUACGGGGCUUGAAUAUCUCCACAAAGAAUGCAGGAUAGUCCAUACGGAUCUAAAGCUUGAAAACAUCAUGGUCUCAUUUGAGGAUCCAACCGUGCUUGCUGAUUUCAUGAAUUCUCAGCUUGAAAACCCGAUGGCUUACAAGAUUGAUUCGACGGGACGACCAGUGUAUCAGUCCCGUAAUGACUUCGGGCCACUCAAAAGCCUGAGAAGUAUACCACAGCUUGUUGACUUUGGCUUGGCAACCAGACUCGAGGAAGACGACGACUGGGGCGUCUGGCCUAUUCAGCCAGACCACUAUCGGGCGCCAGAGGUGAUACUGGGUAACGGAUGGCAAAUGCCUGCGGAUAUUUGGAAUCUUGGUGUUCUGUUGUGGGAUAUGAUCGAGGGCAAAGAGUUAUUUCAGCAUAUCCAUGAUCAACAAGGUCGCUACGAUGCUAAAUUACACAUGGCUGAAAUAAUAGCCUUACUCGGCCCACCCCCUCCAGAGAUCAUACAAAGGUAUCAGUUUAUGCGAGAGUACUCGUGGCCAGAACCUGUCAGACGAGAAGACGACAGAGUAUGCGAGACCGCGGAAGAGUACUUCUGUGGGCCAUUCUUUGAUAAUAAUGGCCGCUUUCUCUACGAAGACCUGAUCCCUGACCGGAAACUAGGCGACACAGUUUCCUUCCUUGAUGGAGAGGAGAGGGAAGCGUUUCUGGAUCUCGCCAAGGGAAUGCUUGUCUGGCAUCCUGAUGUGAGAAAAACGGCAAGCGAAUUGGCGAGGCAUCCUUUUCUUCAACUAAAGCAAACAAGCGCCUGA